AUGCCCCAGCUUUCCCAAGAUAACCAAGAGUGCCUCCAGAAACAUUUCUCCAGGCCGUCUAUAUGGACACAGUUUCUGCCCCUGUUCAGGGCUCAGAGAUAUAAUACAGACAUUCACCAAAUCACAGAAAAUGAAGGAGACCCCAGGGCUGUUCCUGAUAUCAAGUCCUUCCCGCCUGCACAGCUCCCAGACUCGCCCGCCGCCCCGAAGCUGUUCGGCCUCCUUUCUAGCCCGCUUUCCAGCCUCGCAAGGUUCUUCUCUCACCUUCUCCGGCGACCCCCUCCCGAGGCUCCCCGGAGGCGCCUGGACUUCUCCCCCCUGCUUCCCGCCCUGCCGGCCGCCCGGCUCUCGAGGGGGCACGAGGAGCUGCCUGGCCGCCUCUCGCUCCUGCUCGGGGCGGCGCUAGCACUGCCCGGCCGACCCUCGGGGGGUCGUCCGCUGAGGCCCCCCCAUCCGGUAGCCAAGCCCAGGGAGGAAGACGCCACCGCUGGGCAGAGCUCGCCCAUGCCGCAGAUGGGAUCAGAGCGGAUGGAGAUGCGGAAGCGGCAGAUGCCCGCCGCACAGGACACACCAGGCGCCGCCCCAGGCCAGCCCGGAGCGGGGAGUCGCGGGUCCAACGCAUGCUGCUUCUGCUGGUGCUGCUGUUGUAGCUGCUCGUGUCUCACUGUUAGAAACCAGGAAGAUCAGAGGCCCACAAUAGCUUCCCACGAACUCAGAGCAGAUCUUCCAACCUGGGAAGAAAGCCCUGCUCCUACUCUGGAAGAAGUCAACGCCUGGGCUCAGUCAUUUGACAAAUUAAUGGUCACUCCAGCAGGAAGGAAUGCAUUCCGUGAAUUCCUCCGAACAGAAUUCAGUGAAGAAAAUAUGCUCUUCUGGAUGGCCUGUGAGGAACUGAAAAAGGAAGCUAAUAAAAACAUUAUUGAAGAGAAAGCAAGGAUAAUCUAUGAAGACUACAUUUCUAUACUUUCUCCUAAGGAGGUGAGCUUAGACUCCCGGGUGAGAGAAGUGAUCAACAGAAACAUGGUGGAGCCAUCCCAACACAUAUUCGAUGAUGCUCAACUUCAGAUUUACACCCUGAUGCACAGAGACUCAUAUCCUCGAUUCAUGAACUCUGCUGUCUAUAAGGACUUGCUUCAGUCCUUAUCGGAGAAAUCUAUUGAAGCAUAGGAUUUUUCAAAUAUAUUUAUUAUUAAUAAAAUAAUAAAAGAAUUCAUGGGCUACAUCUAGCACAGGGAAUUUAGAGGUUGUAGCAUCUUCUGCUGGAGUAAUACUCAGGCUAUUCUAAUAACAGAUGAUUCCUUCAACAGACUGCUAUAUAUUCACCAUGUAAACUGCAGCCACCUUUAGUGAUACUUUUGAAAAAAAAAAAAUAAAGGGAUAUGGCUGUUGUAGAAAGAUAGCGUAUUUGCAUUUACAAUAACAGUAGCAUGUUGUCAGUGGCCAAGGCUACACAGAAGGCUCCCUGCUGCCCGGAGCAGGUACAUCCACCAGAGCAAAGGGAACCACUUUUAUUUUGCAUGAGUUUGGUAACUGAUUACUCUCCCCUCAAAGAAAAGACAUUCAGGUGUUUCUCAACGACAUCUUCUGUCCAUCAAGCUCGGUUUGAAUACGUCACUUACCAGUGCCAUUACAGGACCCAAAUUCACAGUUCAUAAAAGAUGUGACCACUACAUGUAAAAAUAGCAUUCUACUUGAUCUUACAGUAUGUAUGUAUGUAUGUAUGGAGACAUAUGUGUGCGUGUGGAUGUCUACAUGGUUAAUGGAAAGCACUGUGCUCUGAAGUGGAUCAGUCUCAAGUGUCUGGUAACAGAAGCAGUGCUUAGAAAAUUCUUUUGUUGAAAAGAGUUACUGUUAUUAUCAGAAUUUGCCAACCUGAAGAAUGAAUUUUUAAAUUCAUAACUUGGUCAUGUUCACAACAAAACUGUCAAAUAAGCAUAUUUCCAUUUUUAUUACUGAAAGAAAUAUGGGCAUUUUCAUUCUUUAAAGAAAUAAAGCACAAGAAUUUUAUCUCAA